AUGGAGGUCCACAAGAAGAUGUUGGCGAAGAAGCUCAAGGCCCUCUACAAGAUCGUAGAGCACCAGAACCCUCGUCUCCAUUUGUCUCUCACCAUCCGUUACUGCGACGAACUCAAGCUCCCUGACCACACCAUUGUCGAACUCAAGAUGCCCGAGGACGUUGGCCGCUUCAUCAAGGCUGGCGAGCACAUGACCGAAGCUGAGAGACACGAGGCUGGCAUCGAUCGCCUGCUUACCACCAACGAACAUCUCGCCCAACCUUCCGCCUACAACCCCAUCAAGACUCUAGGAGACCUCAGAAAGCUUCUCAAGUCGGGCUAUGUGCGUAAGCCAGAGAGUCCCAGAUGCGCUAGAUGGGACGAAUGCAUGUUCGAAGAGCUGAAGGUCCAAGGCUUUGUCAUCCAGUUGAGCAUCGAGGACUUCCAGUGGGCUGUCGAUGAUGUUUGGGGUCCCGCUAAGGCCUGA